CGUUGAACUUGUCCAUCAUGUCCACCAAGUACUGGCUUCUGAAGGCCGAGCCGGACUCGCGUGUGGUGAAGGGGAAGGACGUGAAGUUCAGCGUAGACGAUUUCGAGGCGGUCAAAACGUCACCUUGGGAAGGUGUGCGCAAUUACGAGGCGAGAAAUUUGUUGCGGGAGAUGAAGGUUGGGGACAAGGUGCUCUUCUACCAUUCGAAUUGCAAGAAUCCUGGCAUUGCUGGCUUCGCCGAAAUUAGCAAAGAAGCGUACCCAGACUAUACCGCUUGGGACCCCGACCAUCCAUAUUACGACCCGAAGACUAACAAGGACUCACCCAAAUGGUUCAUGCCCAACGUCACCUUCGUAUCGCGAGCUACCCACCUCGUCCCGCUGUCCCUCUUACGGACCAUAGCGUCUGCAGGGAGUGCUGAGGCGGCUGGGGUGCCGUAUGUUGGGAAUGAGGGCGUGGAAGCGAUCAAAGGCAUGGCUCUCAUCACGCGCGGUCGGCUCAGCGUGCAGCGCGUCGAGGAGCCGGCGUGGAAUACGAUCCAGGCCAUGGCGGAGAAGGGAGGAUGGGAAGAGCAAGUAGCGACGAAGAAGCUGGCGCAGGCGAAGAAGGCGGGAGGCGCGAAAGGGGGAGCGAGGAAGAAGGCGGCGAAGGACGAAGAGGAGGAAGAUGACGAUGAGAAGGAAGAGGAUAGUGGCCCAAAGAACGCUUCGGGGCGCGGCAGAAAGAGGAAGGCGGAGGACGACCGGCCUGCGGGAGACACGAGCGCACUACGACGAUCGUCGAGGCGAAAGACAACGAAGACUUAGGCGACAAGCCCAUAUCAGACCCUCGUUCUGAAGCUGUUGAGAGGCGAUGAACGUGCAUGAGGUGACUCGGGAGUACUGGACCUCUGGGUAUCAUGAUUGGCAUCGUGUCGCCUCGCUGCGAACGCGCUCUUUUCGCUGACAUAUGGUUUCUUGAUGCCCUUCUUGUUCGAGGCAGUGCGCGUAUGAGUAAUGGGGUGUCAUAGGUUCAGAAAGGUGUUGAGUGUAUACGUAUGGCAAAGUAGAGCUGACCGACGUCUAGCCAAUUUCCAGGCUCUAAUGUGUAGGGGAUUGAGAACUCGUCCUUGAAACGUCCCGACACCUACGGGAUAUAUAC